AUGAUACCGUCAAUGGAGCUCCCUCGGUCUUCGGAGGAGGAUGACUUCCUUUAUUGGAAAUAUCAUCCGUCGGGAAGGUACACAGUUAAAACUGGGUACUAUUAUCAAUCAAAAGAAGGGGAGGUAGAGAGAUCAGAAUUCUUAGCAAGGGAUCAAGAGUUUGUAAAGCUAGUGUGGAGACUGGUCAUUCAACCAAAAUGGAAGGUUUUUCUGUGGAAGCUCUUUCAUGAUGGUAUAGCAGUUAAACUUAACCUGGUAAGAAGGGGAAUACGAGCAGAAGCUGUCUGUGAUCAUUGUGGGGUUGAAUUGGAAGAUAGCCAACACCUCUUCAGAUUUUGUAUUCUGGCAAAAGAAGCUUGGGAGAACAGCUCCCUAACUAUUUGCCUUGAGUCUUUUGGAUUCAACUCUUUGAAAAGAUGGAUCCAACAGUAUAUCCUGCUGUUUAAUAGCGAGGAUGGUAUAAACAGCAACCGAUGUGCUUUGUUUGUGGCAACGUUAUGGGGGCUAUGGAAAACUAGGAAUGCAAGAUGCUUCAAAGGUACACCGGGGUCGAUAAGCUCAGUACAGAAAUUUAUAAAUCUGGCCAUGGAAGAUCAUGAAGCAUUUAUACACAAGAUAGGGUCAACAAAUGAGUGGAGGGCCACUGAUAGAGAUGAUCCGAUCAUCCCUCCGGGCUUUAACUAUGUGCAUCUGGGAAAAAAAUACAACGGCUUUGAUAAUUUCAUUGUGGAAGUCGAUGGAUCCUGGGAUAAAAAUACAAGGCGAGCAGGGAUAGGAUGGGCGGUUAAAACUAAUCACAACGGUUUUGACCUCGAUAAAGGAGGAAAACAUGGUGCAACAGCGUCAGUUCUACAAUGUGAAGCCUGGGCUUGCCUGGAAGCAAUGAUUUGGGCUUGA